AUGUUUCGAGCGAUAAAGGUAUUUGUGUUCUGCCAUGGCCUGCUACAGCUGUCUCAGCUCCUCUACAGUGCAUACUUCAAGAGCACCCUGACAACCAUUGAGAAACGCUUUGGCCUUUCCAGUUUCUCCUCCGGCUUCCUCUCCAGCUUGCACGAGAUUGGCAAUGUCGUCCUCAUCAUCUUUGUCAGCUACGUCGGGAAUCGAGUUCACCGGCCUAGGGUAAUAGGUCUUGGAGGCCUGGUGAUGGCAGUUGGAGCCUUCCUUCUGACCCUUCCACACUUCAUCUCGCCCCCCUACGAAUACUCUGCAGCUUUCCUUGAUAAGAACAGCAGUAUCGCAGCUGAGAUGUGCCUUAGAAAGAAUGAACACUCAGUCACAAACUCCACUGCAGAUACCCGGUCAGAACAAAGCUCGUUGUGGGGACUGAUGGUCGUUGCCCAGCUGUUGGCAGGAAUCGGGAGUGUCCCAAUUCAGCCUUUUGGGAUCUCCUAUGUGGAUGAUUUUGCAGAGCCAAAUAACUCUGCCUUAUAUAUAGCAAUCUUAUUUGCCAUAUCAGUGUUUGGCCCAGCAUUUGGAUAUCUCCUUGGCUCAGCAGCACUGCAGAUCUACGUGGACGCUGGGAGAGUUGACCUGAAGACUAUAGACUUGCAUCCUGGAGACCAGCGUUGGAUUGGUGCAUGGUGGUUGGGACUCCUCAUUGCCUCAGGUUGCUUGGUGCUCACAUCCAUUCCCUAUUUCUUCUUUCCUCGUAUAAUCAAAGGGAAGAUAGAAUCUGAAAUGGACACCUUGGAGAAGAUUGAGAAAGCAGAGGCUGAAGAAGUAUCCCUGUGGGAAUUUAUUAAAAAGUUCCCUCAAGGCUUCCUCAGGCUGAUUCUCAAUCCACUCUUCAUAUUGCUGGUUCUAGCCCAGUGCUGCUUCUCCUCAGUCAUCGCUGGCCUCACUACCUUCCUCAACAAAUACCUGGAGAAACAGUUUGGGGCCAGUUCUUCCUAUGCAAACUUCCUCAUAGGCAUCAUCAACCUGCCUGCUGCUGCUCUGGGAAUGCUGUCUGGAGGCAUCCUCAUGAAGCAUUUCGGCUUCUCCCUGGAAACCAUCCCGCGGUUCUCCGCCAUCGUGCUGUUCUGCUCCAUGCUUUCUUGCCUUCCUCUCUUCUUCAUGGGCUGCUCCACAAAGACGGUGGCCGAGAUUUAUCCCCACAGGACAUCGAGUCCCUCGAUGCAGAAUGAAUGCAACAAACAGUGCUUCUGCUCUGAUUCCAUCUUCCACCCCAUUUGUGGAGAGGAUGGUGUGGAGUACAUCUCUCCCUGCCAGGCAGGUUGUACUGGCUUCGUCACAAGUUCUUCUCAAGACGUGGUUAUGAUGUACACAAACUGCUCCUGUAUCCCUGUGGCAGCUGGACAAUCCUCCGCGAACGCAGAAUCCUGCCCGAUUAGAUGUGCCCAUUUGCUGCUUCCUGUUGCAUUCCUGAUCUCAUUUGCUUCACUGAUAGCUUGCCUGACUCAAAACCCUGUCUACAUGAUGGUGUUACGAGUGGUGAGCUAUGAUGAAAAGUCCUUUGCCAUCGGAGUCCAGUUCUUAUUGAUGAGAUUGCUAGCUUGGUUGCCGUCUCCUGCCCUCUUCGGCUUACUCAUUGACUCUGCGUGCAUCUGGUGGAGGUCAGGAUCCUGCACUUACUAUAAUAAUGACUUCCUGCGCGACAGGUACUUGGGUCUCCAGGUGGGUUACAAACUUCUUGGUAUUCUGAUGUUAAUCUUAAUCAUCCGGAAGAUGACCAAGAACAAAGAAUACAACGUGCAAAAGAAGCCUCUGGCCUAG